ACUACUGGAAAACUGGAGUGGCGCGGAAAAGUGCAGUAGGAGGUGUGUGAAAAAUGAUUGAGGGGGUUGAAGGUGGAGCUUAAAUUUAUCGGUCAGGGAGUCAAGUGCGUUCGUAACCCGCUGCAAAACGUGCCGUAAAUACCUACUUCUGUAACAACAUUACGCAGCUCCACACAAUGAAACAACCGGUCUAAGGAAAUCCAUGUAUUGACAAACAGCCCAAACUCUCGGGCAAACAGCGAAGAAGAUAAAUAAUAACCGACGCUCAGCGUGUAGUUUCCCGGGCACACACUCUUGUUUGUAUUGUAUCGUUCACGCGAUUCCCUCGAGAGCCGAAAAAAAGCGAAAAGGGUGCACGAAAGAGAGAAGAGAGUCAGCGUCGGAUAUUGUACUCACCUAUAUAUAUUUAAGUACAGUUGAGAAGAAUAAGGAGGAGAGAGAAAAAAAAGUAAUCAGAGCUGUGUAAGCUCCAAUUCGUGUUUUGUGUUGUCAUGUGUGCAUAUACAUAUUGUGCGUGUAUAAAGAAGGUAAUAUAGCAUGUAGUACGCUGGUGCGCGGCAAAAGUGCGCACGUUUAGAAACGGAGCCGAUACAAGGAGAAAAAGGAGGUGGAGCCGGACCGGAUGGCAGCGGCACCGGUGAAGGAGGUGUUGUUGCUGCCGUCGAAACCUCAUCGCCUUGUAAUAUUAGGAAUAAUAAUAUUAUUAGCGCCAGUGGCGGUGAUAAGUCGCUGCAGAGGCGCCGACGAUCCCGUCAAUGGCAGCGGAAGGAGAAGGCCACUCGUAAAGAGCCAAGAGCAAGGGCUCCGAUUAUUUUGACCUGGAGCCGGAGCACGAGGACUCGACCUGUCGACCCGGACCAUCAGCAAUUAACGCCGACGAGCCGAACGCAUCCGGGAAAUAUUGACCGAGUCACUGUUAACGGGUGCAACGGAACUAACGGCUUCGACCUCGCCCACACGCACUUCGGUAAGGUCGGCGACGAGGCGGCGCCGGUGUCCGAGGCUGGAGUGGUCACCUGCAACAUGGUGGCGGCGAUGAACGAGCACCUGUCGUCAUCGUCGGCGACGAACAGCAUACGUUCGACGGCGACGAGCGUAGUCAAGGACAAGCUCAAGGAUCAUCACCCUCAUCAUCAUCAUCAUCAUCACCACCACAACCACAACCUCCAUCAGUCAAAGCACCAACAGGACAAGCUGCAGGAGGUGAGCUUUGCUGGCGAGCAAGAGAACAACAGCGGCAGCGCAGCCAAGAUCGUGGGUAUACUUGGCUACCCGUGCGAUUUCGAUCACAUGUAUGCUAGCAUGACCGACGGCGGAGUGCCUACCACGGCUACCUCUGCCCUAGGUGUCAGUCCAUUGAGAGGUAACGAGGCUCGACAGAACGACCUCACCGAGGUCAAGCAUCUCAAGGAACUGCUACUGCUGCAUCUGGAUCUCAUACAGCAGCAGUCCGAACAAAUUGUCACUAAGGACAAACUGCUCUCUGCCCUCAGACAGGAAAACGAAACGCUAAAGCUGAGGCUGGAGCGUAUGGAUAGGCGAGUUAACCUACAGAAGAUGCGCUCGGACAAUAAUGAGAAUUCGCUGGAUCACAUGGGACCAUGUUCGCCACCAAGUUUGAGUGCUUCUUUGAAUAGUCUUCCUUCGACCAGUGAAAAUAUAAAAAUCACGCAAUCGGACUCUCUUAGCCCACAGUACAGUGAAAGUUUUAAAAUAAGACUAAAUACUAGUGGUGGUGUGACCACAGUGAAACAAGAAUCACCCGAAAAAGUUGAGUGCAAACAAGAGACAAUGGGGGAAUCUUGGGAAAACAAAAAAAAGCGAAAGUCAGAUCCAACGUCUGACACUAAUAUUAGCGUUAGUAAAAGAAAGCGGGGUAUUUCAAGCUCUUCUACAGUGAGCAACGAGACUACUUCCACAACACCAGAAAGCCAUGGCGGCAAAGGGCCCAGUCUUGAGAAUUUCAAAAAAUUAGAAAAGAAAAGCAAAUCUCUAACCAGAAGAGAGUCUUUUCUAACCACGGAAGAGCACUAUUACACAGCCAUUGGGAAUUCAAAUUUUGCAUUAAGUCUCAAAGAUCGGACCGCAUCUGACAGUGCGUCAUCCAACUUGGAAGUUCCUAUGUGGAGGGUAAAAGUUUAUACGAGCUGCUACACAAUGGAGGGAACAGAAAACUUGGAUGACGAGAUUUUUAAUAAAAGGCAUUUAAAGCUAGAAAACGAUGAAAGACGGCGUAAAAGAUGGGACGUCCAGAGGAUAAGAGAACAGAGGCACAUAGAAAAGUUGAAGCAAAGGCAAGAAAGGCAAAGCCAUCACUCUGCUUGUUACAACUUGAAUCAUCCUGGACCGUGUUUAGCUUCUCUAGAAGAUGAGCAAAUAACGACACUGUGGCCAGAGGUUGAGCAAAUACAGAGCAUUCAGGUUGAUACGAUAUUACCUGUUUCGGCAUUUGGAGCCGCCAUUCCUAGUUAUACGGCAAGUGAUUUUACCUUACCUUGGCUGGUCAACUCAAAACUGAAGACCCGACGGCCCAAGCGAUUAAAUAGCAGAAGAAGAAAAUCAUCUAGAAGAUAAUUUUUUUUAAGCAAGUACAAAAGUGAUUUUAACUCAAGCAGAAAAGACUUUUUUUUAUUGUCGUUGACUAUUUUUCUCAACGGCCCAUAGGAUGUGCAUUUUUUAAAGUAAACCCGAGUGCGUUGUAUCCCCCAACUGCAUAUCAUUGGGCACCAAAGACCUCUUUAUAUUUUUUAAACUUUUUUCUAAGUUACGCUUUUCGAAAGACAAAUUGUAGAACGCAAAAAAAAACAAUUAUUUUGAUUUCCUUUAAAAGUUUAUUGGAACGUGUCAUGUGAGACAAUAGGCUGAUAUAUUCUUUUUCUAUUCUUUACGUGUAACCAGUGUUACGUUGUGUUGUUUUAUCCCGUGAUUAUUUUUUGUAUUUGUACAGUACUUUAUAAGAUUUGGUGAAUAAUUGUCUAAUGAAAGAUGAAAAAAAUCAACAAUUAUCAUAUCUUGAUUUUGCUAUGAAAAUGAAAAAUAAACUUUGUAUAAAAUGUAGAGUUAUUUAAAAAAAAUUAAUGUGUAGUGUCUAUUGACAAAUCUUUGUAAAUUCAUCUUCUCUCGUUAAAGAAAAUCACGCCAUUGAUCGUCACAAAAAAACGAAUUAUGCAUAAAACUAGGCCUAUGUUAAAUAAGUAUGUAUUUUACGAUUCCUUUUAUUAACUACAAAUCCACGAACGUAGUUUCAUUUUUCAUCUCAUUAUAUUUUGAUACUACGCGCGAUAGUUUAAAAAAAAAAUUUUUUAUUUAUAUUUUUUAGUCAUGCGCCUACAAAAAACCAUACAUGUAUGCCUACUUAUUCAUCAACAUCAUUUAGCGGCAUUUAUAUACAUAUGCUAGCAUUAACUCAAUUGCCCAUUCUUCAAAAUUGAAUGAGAAUAAAAUCUUUUUUUACUACAAUAAAUUUUUUUUCAAAUUUCAUGCAAUGGAAAAGAAAUCAUAGGUAGAGUCAAGAAAACGUCUUUAAAAAAAAAGAUGAUGAACGAAUAAGCGAGAGCCUUCCAAUGUCUAAUUAAGAGCGUGAAAGAAAAGAACUAAGAAUAGUAUAAUAAACAUUCUGUUAGACAGAAUGCUGUGAUGUUACUGUCAGGAUCGAGUGAACAUGAACGCACGUAGUUAUUUUUUACAAAUUCUGUGUCUUGUUUAGCGGUAACUCGUUUAAUUAAAAAUACGGAAAGACAAAUAUGAUGUGUGUAACAAGUGUGAGCUCUUCAAGCUAGAGAACUUGAUGAACGGCAAGUACACUGUAGUUGCAAUUUCAAUUCGUCAAACAAAAAUAAUACAUUCAUGACACGCUUGAUUCCGAUUUAAUGCUCGUGAAUUUUCUUGCAUAUAAUAUGAAGUACUCGUCAUGUAAGUAUAUUUGUGUGUAUUGUGUGAACCUGAUGUAACUGGUGUAAUUACCAUGUAAUUAACCGUUUUUCAGAGGAAUUGAAAAAAAAAGUUCACUUGAAUGACACGACUUUGAACUAUGAGUGAAGAAGUGUUGAGUGAUAAGCUUAUAAUUUAUUCAAAACACGUUUCGUCGCAAGUACUCGAUUAAUGCGACGAUAAAGCAUCCCCUUUCUCUAUUUCUAGAGACACAUUGCAACACGUUUCGUCGCAAGUACUCGAUUAAUGCGACGAUAAAGCAUCCCCUUUCUCUAUUUCUAGAGACACAUUGUACAUAUACGUGGCAUUUAAAUAUUUCUGACGUUGCAAACAACGCAAAUCCAAAUUUUUUUUCUCAACGGCAAUUGUUAUCUGAAAUAACUGUUAUCAGCGAAUAUCACCCCGUUUACCUUUUUCAGGCAAAAAGAUAUGAAAUCAAUUUUACUUUUAGAUCUGCCUCACUGUACUGUGUAUAUACUGCUGAUUAUAAUAUCUAGAAUUAAAAAGAUAUAUAU